CCUCCGCUCGGUUCUGUCGAGCUGCGAUCAGACGCCUGUGGAUCAGAGCGCGGAUCUCCAGCUGACCCUAAUCACACAGACACACUGUUCGGAUAACACAUCACGUUCAGAAAACACCGUUUAUGGUUUUAACUGAAGAUUUCACAAUGUCUCGCACCGACGAGGUCCACCGCAUCACGGAAAAUGUCUAUAAGACCAUCAUGGAACAGUUCAAUCCCUGUUUGCGGAAUUUCAUCGCCAUGGGAAAGAACUAUGAGAAGGCUCUCUCCAGUGUGACAUUUGCAGCAAAGGGCUAUUUUGAUGCUCUGGUGAGAAUGGGAGAGCUGGCCAGUGAAAGCCAAGGAUCUAAAGACUUGGGGGACGUGCUUUUCCAGAUGGCAGAGGUCCACCGGCAGAUUCAAGUACAGUUAGAGGAAAUGUUGAAAUGUUUCCACAACGAGCUGCUAUCGGAGCUGGAGAAGAAAGUGGAAUUGGACGCAAGAUACCUGACUGCGGCUCUUAAGAAGUACCAGAUUGAGCACAAAAGCAAAGGAGAGAGUCUGGAGAAAUGCCAGGGUGAGCUGAAGAAACUGCGGAGGAAGAGCCAGGGCAGCAAGAACCCCUCCAAGUACAGCGAGAAGGAGAUGCAGUAUGUUGAGACCAUCAGCAGUAAACAGAGUGAGCUGGAUAGCUUCAUUGCAGAGGGCUACAAAACGGCACUUUCAGAGGAACGUAGGAGAUACUGUUUCCUGGUGGACCGCCAGUGCGCCGUGGCCAAGAACAGCAGCGCCUACCAUGGCAAGGGUAAGGACUUGUUAACCCAGAAGAUCCCAGUGUGGCAGCAGGCCUGUUCAGACCCCAACAAGCUUCCCGACAGGGCCAUGCUGCUCGCCCAGCAGAUGACCUCUGGAUCCAGCACCCUCCUCUCCAGCCCUCUGCACUCCUCCAAGGGCAACCUGGUCAUCUCAGAUCCCAUUCCAGGAGCACAACCACUGCCUGUGCCCCCUGAACUAGCUGCUCUCAUGGGAAGUGGCCUGGGCCAUCAGGGGCGACUAAUGGGUCCUGAUGGCAUGUCUCUGGUGAACGGGACAACGGGGGUCCAUGGAGACGACUACUGGACGGAUGGUGGGGUCUCUCAGGGAAGACCACCCACUCCACAGAAUCAGUCUCAAACACAGAGCCAGCCCCAGAGACAGGUCAGCGACGUCUAUUCCAACACCCUGCCUGUCCGCAGGCCCCAGCCUGCUAAAAACAAGACCACUGUGGGAGAAACACGAACUCUGCCCAGGUCAAGUUCCAUGGCGGCUGGUCUGGAGAAGAACGGACGUUCUCGUGUACAGGCCAUUUUCUCCCACACCGCUGGCGACAAUAGCACCCUUCUGAGCUUUACUGAGGGCGACAUCAUCACCCUGCUGGUGCCAGAGGCUCGGGACGGCUGGCACUAUGGGGAGAAUGAGAAAAACAAGAUGCGGGGCUGGUUUCCUUUUUCCUACACCCGAGUGCUGCCUGACAGUGAUAGUGAGAAGUUAAGAGUCAAUCUUCACCACGGGAAGAGCAGCAGCACAGGAAACCUGCUGGAGCGAGAGGACAUGUCCUUACCCAUGCCUGACUAUGGUCUGACUGCCCGACUGUUGGCACAGAGCCUAACACAGACUCGACCACGUCCCUACAGCAUGGCAGGCUUCGCACAGCCAGCACUAGAGGAUUAUGAUGGGCUCUUAAGUUUGGGUCCUGAAUUGUCCCGGUUCUGAGUGUUGCAGGACCUCCGUAAGUCACCUGCCUUACCAUCGCUGCUCACCCAAACCAAUCAUGCCCUUUUUUUAUUCUUUUGUUUUGGUUUGUUUUCGACUCUCAUUCGCUGUUCGGCUUUAACGGGCAGUAGGGCUUCACAAAUGUUUCGUCUCAUACCGCCACCUGCCCCUCUGGUUGGUUUUUGUGUGUGAGCUGUAGUUCGUACCAGCCAGAGAGGUCAUAGGUUGCCAGGAAAUGGUGUUGGCGCUGGAGGUAACCCCGAAUCUAACUCUUGCAUGCAUCUAUCAAUGCUGACAGAAGUAACUUGUGUCUUGUUCCAUUUGCAUGCCUGCUCCAAACACCCUUCAUAGACUCUUCUCCAGAUACCUGUUCAUAAGUAUAUGUCAAAUGAAUCACCGUAUGCCUUUCAGCAGUACCUUUCUUCUGUAUCCCAAAUCAAAGUGCAGUAGACUUUAAGCUGUUUUUGUGUCGUAGAGUUCAGUGGGUCACUAGUGCGGGCCGUAUUGUGGGCGUACUGACCGUGUUUGUUCUCCACCCCCCUCUCCAUCUAGUGACCGUUCCCUGGAGGUCUACCUCAGGCCAAGCCUCAUGGACGACCGAUCCGCUCCUCUCUACUACUAGAGGGGCCAUGCAGUGGCCUGUGCACUUUGUCGCCCUCUCCUGUUCUGUCUGUGUCAUUGCAACAGCAUGUGGAGGCAUAGACUGCCAUUUGCCCACAGGGCACGGAGGAUAGAGCUUGUUGUGUCCUGAAAGGAAUAGAAUAAUGAUCUUAACUCUGUAGCUACAUAAUUAACUGUAUUUGUAUACACCAAUUCAUGUAUUUCAAAAGUUUAACAGCUUUUCUAAAUGGUUUUCUUCAUGUUAACAAAUCGGGCACAACUGAAAUGAUAAUGACAGUGUGCUUUUUUUUUUUUGGAGGGAAAGUGUAUGCUUGAUUGUGUAAAUAUGAGAUCUUUUACUUGAAUGAAUCUGAAAAUGUAAAAAAAAAAAUUGAAUAAAAGUGAGUAAUUUGG